GCCAUGGCCCGGCUGAUGCUGGGCCGGACCCUGGAGCGCAUCUGCAAGGGCGUGCUGCUGCUCUGCCUGCUCCACUUCCUCAUCAUGAUGAUCCUCUACUUCGACGUGUACACGCAGCGCUUCGACCUCUUCAGCCGCUUCAACAACGGCCGCAACGGCUCCCGCUCCGGCGGCGCCGGCGCCAACAACAACGGCGGCACGGUGGCGGCGGCGGGCGGCCACCACCUCUACCUGUACAACCUGUCCCGGCCCAACGCCACGCUGGCCGGGUACCUGGCGGCCGGCGAGCAGCUGCUGCCCAGCGUCAAGCCCUCGCCCAAGCCGCUGCCGCCGUGCCCGGAGAUCCCCCCCGGCCGGGUGGGCCGUCUGCUGAUAGAGUUCAGCUCCCAGAUGACCAUGGAGCGCGUGCAGAAGGAGAACCCCAACGUGACGGACGGCGGACGCUACACGCCCCCCGACUGUCGGCCCAGAUGGAAGGUUGCCAUCAUCAUUCCAUUCCGUCACCGAGACAACCAUCUGAAGUACUGGCUCCACUACCUGCACCCCAUACUCAGACGACAGAAGAUCCACUACGGCAUCUACAUCAUCAACCAGUUGGGCGAGGAGACGUUCAACCGCGCCAAGCUGCUGAACGUGGGCUACACGGAGACCCUGAAGGACGGCGAGUACGACUGCUUCAUCUUCAGCGACGUGGACCUGAUCCCCAUGGACGACCGCAACCUCUACCACUGCUACGACCAGCCCCGGCACUUCGCCAUCGCCAUGGACAAGUUUGGCUUCAGGUUGCCGUACGCGGGCUACUUCGGAGGGGUGUCCGGGCUCAGCAGGAAGCAGUUCCUGAAGAUCAACGGCUUCCCCAACGAGUACUGGGGCUGGGGCGGCGAGGACGACGACAUCUACAACAGGAUCACUCUGAACGGGAUGAAGGUGUCCCGGCCGGACGUCCGGAUCGGCCGCUACAGGAUGAUCAAACACGAGAGAGACAAACACAACGAGCCCAACCCUCAGAGGUUCAACAAGAUCCAGAACACCAAGAACACCAUGAGGAGGGACGGCAUCAGCUCCCUCACCUACCGGCUGGUGCAGGUCAAGAGGUUCCCUCUGUACACCGACAUCUCGGUGGAGAUCGGGAAGCCCCCGCCCAGGCCCUUCAAGGGAUAGAGACGGGGACGGAGAGGGAGGGGGUCAGGGAGACGGAGUAAGAGAGAGAGAAGACACUGAGGUGGGACAGCACUCGCUCAGGCUGCAGUGAGAGAGAGAGAGAGAGAGAGAGAGAGAGAGAAAGAGAGAGAGAGAGAGAGAGAGAGAGAGAGAGGAAGAGAGAGAGACAGACUAGAUCAAGUGUCAAACUCUCCCAGACAGCCGAUGAGAUUAUAGAGAGAGCUGGUGCAUUAGGUGUAGAUGCAUCACAAAGCACAUCAGUCUCUCUCUCUCUCUCCUCUCCUCUUCCGGCUCUGCGCUUCAAACUCUCCCUCUCUCCAUCAACGUCUCUUUCUAACAGCCAAUGGCAGGCUGCCAGCUGAAGGACCCUGGCCAAUCAGAGACUCUCAGAGUGUUCCCAGAGCCUGAGCUUGGACUGGGAUGGUUUGAAACAUUGCGAUCGCAAUUGCCUCGGAAAAACGUGGACGGCGUUUUGCUGGAUGAUCUUAGGGGAUUGUGUGCAGUCCUCGAACAAUAUCCAUGGAAGGCCCUUGGUCUAUUAUCUUGUAAUGGAUGUCUGUUCUUUAUUUGGUUCAUAAAGUCCUGGAAGUGAACGACAAUGGACCUAAUUGAGGAAGUAGGGAUAUGUGCACAAGAUAGUUCAUUCAGUAGGAGACGUCCCGCUACGUAGCACAGGAAGGUGAAAUCCAGGUGUGUGCAUCUUUUUUUCAGGAUAACAAAUGCUCAUGAACAUCGUCGCUGAGGAUGAUAAGGAAGUACAACGGUGGGCGGAGCUGACAUUCUUAACCGGGAACAGAGUUAUAAAGUUCUCAAGAAAUGUUACAAAAGUAAACUAGUGACAGAGAACUGGGGGCGGAGGGGGGAGACAAAUUCAACAGUUCAGCUGUCAUAAAAGGAUUGCGAUAAGAAAAGAUACGAUCCACAUUUCAACGAUAUCGGAUAAUCAAAGUUCAGCAUCGAGAGCGUCCCUCUCCAGAAGAGUGUGUUUAUCGCGGAGCACGAAACGCUGUUUCUGGAACAAAAAAGCUUUCAGAUCCACAGUGGUUCAUCACCUUAAAAUAGAUACAUGGACUCAAACUUUGGAAACAGUGAGAGUCUUACAGCACUUUUCAAAUGUCAAGAGUUUUAGAGAAAGUUCAAACACAUUGGAAACCCAAACUAACAGUUUUUUUUGUUUUUUAUGCAGUUGGAAAUUCAGUGUAACUGUCCCUGGAGCACCUUUGAAUUUCAACCAGAGAGUAAAAGGAAAGAAGUGGGCUUUACUUUAUGAGCACUCACAAUGCUGAAACACAAGCCUGCACUCUGCACAGAAUGCCUGCGUGUCCCACAGUACUGUUUGAUCUCGGAAAAGACAAACAUAUAGAUUGAUGCGUUAAAUGUUCAGACUUUAGGCAUUCAGAGAUUUUAACAGAUAUGAAUGUGCCAUUUCAGCUUUUUUGGUCUGGGCAUAACAUCCGUAUGGUGUGUGUAGAUGGAGAUGUAAAA